UAUAUAUUGUUGUGGUAUGUUACAUGUUUUGCCACCAUCAGCCUGCUUACUCUUUAAAGUUGUUAUUGUUGGAUGAUGUCCCCUGUUUUUAAUUGAUCACACGUCUAAGACUCUUGUAGAUUUCACUAAAUUGUAUGAUUUAAUUAGCGUUUUCUCUACGAUAUCCUAUGUCUUUAGUCCAUCAAAUCCACGUGGGUCCAGCGAGUGCCUUUUUUCUUUAAAUUAGCUCAUGAGGAUUUUUGUCAGCUUGUGAAGAAGUUUCAUUUCAUUUCAACUCUUUAGCUUUUUUGAGAACUUGUAGUAUGUCCUGACCUACUGAGCUAUUCGGCUUGGCUGAUGAUCGGCUUAUGUUUGAUUCAGUGUAAGUAUAUAAAUAAAAUAAGAUUAGCUAUCUUAUAAAUAAAAUGAAAAAAAAUACUAUGUGCUCACGAGAAAGUAAUAGGAAAAGUGGAUGUUGUUGUUAGCAAUUGGCAAAUUGGUAUAAAUACUGUUUUUCUCUCAUUAUCAAAAGAAUAAUUUCAGUAGUCAUAUGGGGUAACAUGUUGAGGGAUUUCUAAGUGAUUAUCCAAUUGGCUGUGAUGAUUGGCCAGAUAUUAGCCUAUUCCCAGAGUAAACCCUAGAGAUUAACUACAUAUGGGAGUUAUUAUAAACUAAGUGCCUAUCCAAGCACUUAUUCCUUGGCUAAAGAUGGCCUAAAGCACAGGGCAUGGCAACCAGAAAACAGAAGUAUUGCUUAUCCUGUUCUAAGAUUCGCAUUUGGUAUAUUCACGAGGACUGCAAAUAAUUAAAGUCAAUCUUAAGAUUCUCAUAUGCUGAAUUCUUCUGAGUUUCACUGAUUUUGGUGGUUGACCUUUUCUGUUUCCACCUUUAAACUUUCAUUCUAGUAAGGAAAUGUUGACUAAUUGGGUUGAGAUGAACAAGAAAGGGAAGCUACAAUAUGAUCAUGAGAACCUGGCAUUGUCAUUGUCUAAGCGCAAGUUUUGAGAUCGAUUUAGAAGCACCGAUCACACUAUUGUGGAAGAGACAUGAGAGAUGAGUCAGAAGAACCAGGUGAAGAAUCUUACAAUGACAGCCACAGCAUAAGUGAAGGUUAUGAUGCCACCAUGACACUAGACCUUGAUGAUGAAGCUGAGAAGUUGUCAUAUGGGAAAACCGGUUUGCUUUCUGUCUCUUCUCAUAAUUUCAACCUUAAUUCUUUUGACAUUGAAAUUGUUGAAGGAUCAAGCAACAAACAACAAGGAGGACAAGAAGUUCAACAACGUGAUUCAAGAUACAAAGUAGCAGAGGAGGUUGCUCAUGAGUUUGAGGGUUAUGGUGAUUACACUAUUUCAUCACUAGGGAAGAACAGCUUGGAACAACUAGAAACAGAGAUCGAAGAUUUAGUGCUCUGUUCCGACGAUGUGGCACCGCUUGCAUUGUUGCUUUCGUCCAAAGGUGGAGCAUUGGGCAAGUCUUGCUGAUGGUCCAUUGGGUGCAAGGAAACCAACCAUUGGCAAAGAAUCUGAGCAAUAUUUUUCGAUGCUGAUGCUUUAGGAAGGUAUAAUGGCAAG